AUGGACCGAACGGGCGCUGAGCGGGUGAAAAAAAUGGUGACUGUGAAAUGGAACCUCCAGCUUCAGGAGCAGUCUGUCUCUGAUGCUGCUGCUCCGUCUGGUUCUCCUCCAGGCCCUUCCGUGGCUCUCCACCAUCUCCCGCUUCCAGCUCGCCCCCAUAUUCGGAAGAAACGCUACACCUUAACGCCGGGGCACCUGAGGUGGGACCACUUCAAUCUCACCUACAAGAUUCUGUCCUUCCCUCGAAACCUGAUCAACGAAAGCCAGACGAGGAAGGGGCUGGCCACGGCUUUCCGCAUGUGGAGCGACGUUUCCCCGUUCAGCUUCCGGGAAGUGUCUCCAUCCAUGCCUAGUGACCUCAAAAUCGGUUUCUAUUCCAUCAAUCACACCGACUGCCUGGAGUCCCAAAUCCAUCACUGCUUUGAUGGCACGACCGGAGAACUGGCUCACGCCUUUUUCCCACAGACCGGCGAGAUCCAUUUUGAUGACCACGAAUACUGGAUCGUCGGGGACACCCGGUUCAGCUGGAAAAAGGGCGUUUGGCUGACAGAUCUGGUCCACGUCGCAGCCCACGAAAUCGGCCACGCCCUGGGUCUCAUGCACUCCCUGGACCCCAACGCCCUCAUGCACCUCAACGCUACGUUGACGGGGAAGAACACCAUUUCGCAGGACGAGAUGUGGGGCAUCUACAGACUUUACGGCUGCAAAGACAGAGUCUUUAUCUGUCCCUCCUGGUCUCGAAAAGGAUACUGCAAGACACGGAGAAAGUUCAUGAAAAAACAUUGUCCGUACAGCUGUGACUUCUGCUUAGAAUUCCCCUUCCCGGCGGUCGCACCCACCCCACCUCCCCCGAGGAUGAAGACCAAGGUGGUCCCACAUGGCAGAAACGUGACGUUCCGCUGUGGCCAGAAGAUUAUUCAUAAAAAAGGCAAAGUUUAUUGGUAUAAAGAGAAGGAGCUCCUAGAGUACUCCUACCCCGGAUAUCUCUCGCUAAACGAUGACCACAUGAGCAUCAUCGCCAAUGCCAUUAAUGAAGGGACUUACACUUGCAUGGUGAAGAAGAAAUCCAAGAUCUUGACCACGUAUUCCUGGAGGAUUAAGCUCAAGCAUUGAUUGGGAACCUUUAGAAGGACUGGGAUAGUUCGUUUGGCUUUGGUCCAUGUUGGACUCCUUCCUCCCCCCCCCCCCCGGCAUUUGUAUAUUUACUUUCAGCAGCGCAUUUCGAACUGACUCCCUUCUAAACCCCACCCGUCUGCUCUCAACUCUUUGCCGGUGUGCGAGGAUGCUGGAAUUUCCUCCACCGGUCUGAAAGGAGAGAACUUGAAAGUAAGUUAGAUGGUCUGUGUGCUGUGUUUCUUGGAGUCUUCGUGGAUCUGAUGCUACGUAACUCCAUGGUUUCGGUCUCUGGCUGUGGAGCCAGAGGUUGGGAAUUCGAAUCCCCCCACCCCGGGACUGUGCAGCUGGCCCAAGGCCACCCAGGCUGGCUCUACUCACAGACAGCAGCACCUCAAAUGAAGGCUUAAAAGAUCAUCCAAAAACGGGUCUCACUUUUUUCUGAUGUCCCUUUUGGUAUUCAUCUUCUGCAAUAAUCCUGCGAUGACUAUUCUUGUUUUCAAUGCCUUAUACGUACUGUGGCGGUUAUUUAUCAGUCCAUUCCGCCAUCUUAAAAGCUCCCACCUCCCUUCGCCUUCUCGUCAGCAGCUUCUGGAAAGCUACAGGACACGUGAUCCUCUAGGAACUAUUGUUUUUAAAUCCAUAAAUUACUGCUGUACUAAGUUGAAUAAAGUGCUUCCUCACCCCUCUG